CCAUGUUUGGUGUCACUCCUGGAGUGCCUCUCUCUUCCAGCCAGACAGGAUCCAUCCACCGCCAACUGAGCUGCCCCAGGAGAACGGCAGCAAGUGAUGGCUAUCAUGAGACCAGGCCCUGAAGAUGCCUCCCCAGAGCCCCAGCUGGACCUGGGGAAGAAGAUGAGCACAACACAUGACCUGAUGAUCGAGGAGCUCUCCCUGCCAAACAACCGUGGCUCCCGGCUCUUCCAGCAACGUCAGAAGCGGGUACAGCGCUUUGUCUUUGAGCAUCCCAGUGGCUCCAGGCAGCUCCCAGGGAAAGGGGCAGGUGGCUCACACCACACUGGGAAAGGUGAUCCAGAAGCAACAGUGAAUGAACAGAUGGCAGGGGAGAAUGCUGGGGGCCAGGAGAAUUAUCACUCCGAGCUCCAUGUAGCAGCAUCACCCCAAGGUGGCCCUCCAGAAGUGCCCAAGAAGUCAGAGAAGGUCUUGCACAUGAGCAAAGUCCUGAACCCCAAUGCCCUAGCCCCAGGGUACUCAAGCCCCCUCAAAGAAAUCCCCCAUGAGAAGUUCAAUGUCACCGCCAUCCCCAAGGGCUACCGGUCCCCAUGGCAGGAGCUCUUUGGUGACAGGAAUGAUGCCGUGCAUGGCAAGAACCCACCACCCAUGAGAUCCCCUGCGUGGGACUUCAGGAGCUUCAACAGGACUCCAGCCCCGUUUGAUAGGGCGUUGGUUGGUGAGCUGUUCUCUUUGCCCACCGUAGAGCUGGAUAACCUGAGUGUGCUGGAGGUGAUUUCCCACAGGCCCAACUUCAACAGGGUGGCCCAAGGCUGGGUGCGGAUCCUGCCAGAAAGCGAAGAGCUGUAG